UUUAUUUUUUUUUUUUUUGUGAAAAUUUUUUACUAUAAGUAUGCAUAGGGAUAUCCUUAAUUAUAAUUCUGUAGAAAAGAUAGCUGUGUAUAGCAUAUUCUUACUUAUCAUAUAGUAACUAUCUCAUAUCCAAUUUCUUACAACUUAAAAUGAAUUCAAUUAGAUCAUUUUCAACUAUUUCAAGAAUUCAAUUCGAAUCAAGAUCAAUUUUAAAUCUUUAUUAUUCUUCAGCAAAUGCUGCUAAAUUAGUUAAACCAAAACUUGAAUCCUCCAGAAAUUCGAAUGAACCAACUCAAAUUAAAUGGAAACCAAGUAAUGGUGAUUCAUUCAGAUCCUUUGCCGAAUAUAGAUUGAAAGUUAGUAAUCAAUCUCCUUUAAAAGUUAGAGCUAAAGAUUAUAUUAGUGUUCGUACUACUCCAACUCAAACUUAAAUCAAACUUAUUAAUUCCUUCCUUCCUUCCUUCCUUCCCUCUUAACUAAUGUAUAAUGUCUAAUACAAUGUUUCUAAAAGGUUAUAAAAAAAAUUACGAUUGUGUGUUUAAAAAUAAAUAAAAUGGUUUGGCGGUUAAUGAGUAUGUGUGUAAUAAUAACUAUGAUGAUAGAUCAUCUAAUAUAGACUAUAAUUUGAUUGUUAUUAGUCUCAUAGGUUAUUAUAAUGUUAAUGAUUUUAUAGAUGUAAUGGUUUCUUUUCUCUCUUUCAAUUCAAUUCAAUUCAAUUUUGAUGUAUUCUAAUAGUAUAUAACUUUAAAUAUAUAUACCUCGUUUAUUCAC